AUGAGGAGGUUGGGGUUCUGUUCCAGAUGGAUUGAGUUGCUUAUGCACUGCAUGGAGUCAGUUGAAUUCUCAGUCCUCAUAAACGGUGUCCCUGGACCUUCUUUCAAGCCAAAUCGAGGCCUUAGACAGGGAGAUCCCUUAUCUCCUUACAUUUUUCUUUUUUGCUCUGAGGGUUUCUCUGCGCUUCUCACUAGAGAGGAGGAGAAAAACCAUUUUAGUGGCUAUAGAGGCCUUCCCUCACAGGUUAACAGGAAUCGAUGUCAAGUUUUCAAUUCGUUGAAAGAUAGAUUAUGGAAGGCUCUCCAAGGGUGGAAAGGGAAACUUUUUUCGUUGGGCGGGAAGGAAAUUCUCAUCAAGGCUGUGGCUCAGGAAAAUCCAUUGGCAAAGUUGGAAACGCCUUUGUGUAAAAAAGGAUCAAGGGGGCAUGGGAUUCAGGGAUAUUGGAAUUUCAAUCAGGCAAUGUUAGCCAAGCAAAGUUGGAGAAUUUUGAGACAUCCUACGAGCCCUCUUGUGAAAACUCUUCGAGGAAAAUAUUUUAGGACUGGAUCUUUCCUAAAGGCAAAGCUAGGGAAUUCGCCCUCUUAUGCAUGGAGAAGUAUUCUUUGGGAGCGUGAGCUUUUUGAGAAAGGUUAUCAAUGGAGAGUGGGAAAUGGCUAUAGCAUUUCGAUAGGCUUAGACUCCUGGAUCCAUAGGGACAGCCCUUAUAGGCCUGUUUUCACCCCUUCUUCAAUUUUUGAGCACCUGGUGGCUUGGCUAAUGACUGAACGGGGCAGAUGGAAUGAGCAUAAGAUCAGAGAUAACUUCAUUAUUUCGGAGGCCGAACAAAUUCUGAAAAUUCCUCUUCCUAGGGAGGAUUAUGGAUGA